AUGAAUUCUUUAGAAUUGCAUCCACAGAAGAGCGAUAUUCGUAACGUAUGGUGGCAAGUGUGUGGAAACGAAGAAAAUAAAUUUUAUGAUGUUAUAAAUCACUUUUUUACCUUAUAUGAUGAAAUAAAGCAUAAGUACAAAGUGAAAAAAGAUGACUUUAGAAAAAAUAUCUGGGCAUAUUUUGAUGAAAUGGCAAAAAAACAACUACCAGAAAAAGAAACCUCUUUUGAAAAACAGCUUAAUGAUCUCGUUAAGGAGAAACCCAUAACGAAAGAUGAAUUUAGGGUAUUGACUGAAAAGUAUAAAACUGCAUGCACUGAAUUAAGAGAAGAGCUAUUCAGUAUGUGCCAAGUUGAAAUAGCUCAAGUGAUGAUGCAGUUACCGUGGUGGAAGGGUUAUUAG